UUCUGGUUGAAGCGCAGAACCAGGUUUUCUCUUAUUCCGCUCUCGGAGUCAGAGAUAGAAAGUGUCUCAAAAGGAUCCAUUCCUUCCAUUUCUGAUUCAUUUCCUUCUCUUCAUAUUCAUCUUCCUCCGAUUUCAAUUCCCAUUUUCAAGUUCUUCUCAGUCGCCUCCGAUUGCACUCGUCAUCCAAGAUGCAUUCCAAUCACUUGCUUCUCGAGGAGCCUAUUCGCAUGGCCUCCAUCCUCGAGCCAUCCAAGGCUAGUUUCUUUCCUGCUAUGACGAAGAUCGUUGGAACUCUUGGUCCAAGGUCUCGAUCUGUUGAGUUGAUAUCUGGUUGUUUGAAGGCUGGAAUGUCGGUUGCUCGUUUCGACUUUUCUUGGGGUGACUCUGAAUAUCAUCAGGAGACUUUGGAAAAUUUGAAGGCGGCCGUGAAGAUCACUAAGAAGCUUUGCGCUGUAAUGCUGGAUACCGUGGGCCCUGAGUUGCAAGUACUGAAUAAAACUGAGAAGUCUAUUUCACUAAAGGAAGAUGCCGUAGUUGUCCUAACGCCCAAUCAAGAGCUUGAGGCAACUUCGGAUCUCUUGCCUAUUAACUUUACUGGACUUUCACAGGCUGUAAAGAAAGGAGACACCAUUUUUGUGGGUCAAUACCUUUUCACUGGAAGUGAAUCGACUUCUGUAUGGAUGGAGGUUUCUGAAGUCAAAGGCGAUGAUGUCGUUUGUACGGUUAAGAACUCUGCCACACUGUCCGGAUCACUGUUCACUUUACAUGGCUCUCAAAUUCAUAUUAACCUUCCGACACUUACGGAUAAGGAUAAGGAGGUUAUCUCUAGUUGGGGUGUGCAAAACAAAAUUGAUUUCCUCUCAUUGUCAUAUACCAGACAUGCAGAAGACGUUCGACAAGCUCGUGAAUUCCUUUCUAAAUUAGGUGACCUUAGCCAAACCCAAAUCUUUGCCAAAAUUGAAACUGUUGAGGGGUUAACCCAUUUUGAUGAGAUUCUACGCGAAGCAGAUGGUAUUAUUCUUUCCCGUGGGAAUUUGGGUAUAGAUCUCCCACCCGAGAAGGUGUUUUUAUUUCAAAAGGCUGCCCUUUACAAGUGUAACAUGGCUGGAAAGCCUGCUGUGGUUACUCGUGUCGUGGACAGUAUGACCAACAAUUUAAGGCCUACUCGUGCAGAAGCUACUGAUGUUGCAAAUGCUGUCCUUGAUGGAAGUGAUGCAAUUCUUCUGGGUGCUGAGACUUUGCGUGGACAGUAUCCCGUAGAGACGAUUUCAACUGUUGGUAGGAUUUGUGCCGAGUCCGAGAAGGUGUUCAAUCAAGAUUUGUAUUUCAAGAAGACUGUCAAAUUUGUUGGUGAACCUAUGACGCACUUGGAGUCCAUUGCUUCCUCAGCGGUUAGGGCUGCCAUUAAGGUGAAGGCUUCAGUUAUUAUUUGCUUCACUUCAUCUGGAAGAGCUGCAAGAUUAAUUGCUAAAUAUAGGCCCACGAUGCCAGUUAUAUCUGUAGUCAUUCCUAGGCUGAAGACAAAUCAGUUGAGGUGGAGCUUUAGUGGUGCAUUUGAGGCUAGGCAGUCAUUGAUAGUAAGAGGCCUCUUCCCCAUGCUUGCUGAUCCACGACAUCCUGCGGAGUCGACUAGCGCAACAAACGAGUCAGUUCUAAAGGUUGCUCUGGAUCACGGCAAAGCAUAUGGAGUAAUCAAGCCACAUGACCGAGUUGUUGUGUGCCAGAAGGUUGGGGAUGCAUCUGUGGUGAAGAUCAUCGAGCUGGAAGAUUGAACGAACGAACAAACUAAAUAGCCUUGCCCUUUCCAGAUAAAAAUUUUGAUUGACAGUUAUUCUGGUGCUGUCACCACCACCAUGAGGUAUUACUAUACAGACACUUGGUUUUUGGACAUUGAUUGAGGAGACAUGAUAAAAGUGGAAAAAGUGUAAAAUGACACUCAUAAAACACCUAUUUUUUGACUUUCCGAUUAGAAGCCAUGGCGAGUUCAUGGAAAAAAAUCCCAAUUCGCUUAGUUUUAUUUCUAUAUGCUAUUGCCAUUUGCAGCAGCAGCAGCAGCAGAGGAGCUGUUGUGAUAUUUCUAGUUUUUGAUCGUAUUCCUAUUUGCUGUUGUUGGAGGGGGGAGGCUUUUUCUUAUUUGUUUCCAGUUAAUUUAAUAAAUUAAACUCCCAAGAAUUUUCUAUUCCCUGAA